AUGAAAGAUAACAAAAUUUUCAAGCUCCUGGCAGCGCUUCUCACAUCAGCCGCCGCGCCUGAUCAUUCAUUAACGAGUGAACUUAGUGAAAAAGAAAACAAAACCAACCCUCUAGUUGAAAAUAUCAGACGACAGCUCAUGAAAGAUAACUACGACUAUGGCACCGAAGAGACGACUAUUGUAAUUAAAUCGGAAAUAGAAGAGUAUCAAAAUAAAGAAUAUAAUGACAAUCAAAUAUCAGCGAUACCACUUAAAGAAAAUAUUAGCUCUACGUUGGAUAUUCCUAAAAAAUUUGAAAGUACUGCUGACACUGAUUAUUCUUUUGUAAAUAUUACGACUUCUCAAGCAGUUCACGCUCGACGUAAACCUGAAAUGUAUGACAACCAAUCCAAGUACAUAACUGCAAGUGAAAAAAGUAAUACUGAAUCACAAAUGUAUAAAAACAAUGAAAAUAUGAAUACACAAAUAAAUCGACGCGAAGGCGCUAACAAUAUUCAGUAUGAAAAUGACGAUACAGAUACUACAACAUCAAACGCAAGAGUAAGGUAUAAUAUUUUAAAGGUCAGACGUCCAAGUCGACGUAAGCAGUUGCAAGAAUCUCAACUGGUAAAAGAAGAGAAAGAGAAUGAAGUAACCAUCAUAAACUUCGGCAAAGGCCCCGUACCAGAAUUUCGUCUGCCACGGUCACACCGGCAGUACAUGCUAGACGAAACUGACAGCGAUCUUUCCUACAUGAUAGAAAAUUCUACUUCAACUACUUUGGACUCUGCUAUUGACCUUGAUAGAUAA